UUCAGAUUGCUCCCAUAAGUAGACAUUGGAUUUUACUGUCUUACAUGGGACCUGGUUUAAAGGAAAUGGCCAACAAAUGCUGUCGGUGUUUGCAGAGCUAUGACAGAGCAUCCAAGAACACUGGAAACUCAAUAACCAGUGCUUGGAUUGAUGGUGUCUGCUCCACCCACAAAGGGGUGGAGCCAGGAUGUGAUGUAAUGGCAGGAAGAAGGUGUGGCUUGCUCUUUGCUGGUUCCUGCUUGCUGUUUGCAGUCACCAUGAACUGUGGCCCAGCCAUGCCUGCCUGUCUUGGAGCCAACUGAGUGUGGACUAAAACCUCCAAAACUGUAAGAAAUAAAUCUCUCCUUUCCUAACUUGGGCUUCAGGUAUUUUGUCUCAGCAACGAGCAUAAAGUAAGUAAGACAGAAUUUGGUACCGAGAAUGGGGUCGUUUGCUGUGACUAUACCUGACCAUGUUUCUCGAGAGGCUUUGGAAAUAUCUUGUGGGCAGAAUUUGGAAAGGUUCAGACAUGUCACCUGUAUGCAUAGAGCUGGAGCAGCUUAGAGUGUUCUGUAGAGGAGAUUCUGGUCAGAGCUCAGGAGACCAAAAGGCUGAUAGAAAGCCAGAUGGUAAAGACCAGGCUUGGGAAGUUUCUGCUGGGAAGGAUUGCAUUGGUCGUUGGACUCCACAUGAUGUGUGUUAUGGCUUGGCAGAAAGUUUGUCUGCAUUUUGCUCCUGCCCAGAGACUUUGCCUGAGACUGAGACAAAGGGCAAUGGACUGAUUAAUCUUGAAAAAGAAAUUAAAAAGCAAUCAAACAUUGAGGCUGUGACAUGGCUAUUGUUGGGGGCUUUCAGCCAGCUUUAUGUUUCAAAUGGAGAGCAAAGAGCCCAAGAGGAUAAUUUACAAUGCUGUGAGUUUGGCCAGAAGGAAAAUUCCAGGAAGGCUGUGGAUUGUAAAGACAGAGUUGAGAUUUUGAUUCCUGAGGUGAAACAGAGAGAGAAGAAGAUGGCCCUGGGGCACCCCAGGAAGUGGGUCCCCACCCUGUACAGCCUCACAGCAAAGGUAAAAAAAAUUUGCUCGGAGGAAAAAGCUGCAGAGCACCAUGUUCCAGAAUGGCCACAGCGGCCACAUGAGGUUGCAGAAUGGCGGCAACAUAGAGAAGCUUUUUCUCACAAUCAGGUAAACAGAGCCCUGCAAUCCAGACAACUGACCCCUACAGCCAAGAGAGAGAAAAGCCUGGCUACUGCUUUAGCUAGCAGCAAACCUUGGCGGCAUCCACAAGGUGCUGAUUUUAGGUGCAAGGAAAAUGCACGAAUUCUGAGGGUAAGACGGCUUCCACCUCGAUUGCAAAGGGCCUGGCUGGCCAAGCAGUGUGCCCCUGAGAGGGCAAUUUGUGAAGAUGUAAGGGUGAAGCCAAAGGUGCAGUGGGGACACCAGAAGUUUGAAAAAGCCAGAAAUGUAGAUGACCCAAGGAAAGCAGCAAAAAGCGAGCAGAGAAGAUUUUGAAAAAAAAAGCUGCGAAAGUUGAAAUCCCUGGAAGUGCCCUGGGGGUGGAAUCACCCAAGGCUUUUGGAGCUUGCAACCAGAUUGCUUCAGAUGCUGAGUAUAAAACUCUAGGACUUAAUGUUUGCCCUGUUGGAUGUUAGAAUUGCUUUGUUUCCAAUACUUUAUAUUCCCCUGUUUGUAACUUUUGGAAUGGUAAUGUUUAUCUUGUGCCUUUGCAUUUCAGAAAUGUUUAACCUUGUUUCAUUUGUACAGGGGUUACAGUUAAGAGUUUGCCAUAGAUCUUGGAGGAGACUUUGGACUUGGACUUUUCAGCAAUGCUGAAGCUGUUAGGACUUUGGCAACUCUUGGAGGUGGACUAAAUGUCUUUUGUAUAAAGGAUGUACAUGAGUCCUGGGGGCCAGGGGUGAAAUGUCAUGGUUUAUGUCUGUGUCCCCCAGGCCUCAUGAGUUUGAAUUGUGCAUUUGUUAUUGGUUCAUUGUCUAGUGCUUGGAUUGAUGGUGUCAGUGCUCCACCCACAAAGGGGUGGAGCCAGGAUGUGAUGUAAUGGCAGGAAGAAGGUGUGUCUUGCUCUUUGCUGAUUCAAGUUUGCUGUUGCAGUCUAGCCAUGUCCGCCUGUCUUGGAGCCAACUGAGUGUGGACUAAAACCUCCAAAAAACUGUAAGAAAUAAAUCUUUCCUUUCCCAA